GUCAAUGGAAGCGCGGAAGCCAUAUUCAUUAUCCCGCCAUUUUGAGUAGGGCACGGACGAUUUGGUGAUAGUUGGUGGGCCAUUUGCGCGACAAUUAAGGCGAUUCCUUUGGUAUCAAAAUGAGCGAAGGAAGUGCUACUGGUAACGCCGAUGAUCAAGAAGAAGAGUCCGUCUUUAUGCUGUGUGGGCUUUGUAAAAAGCCGCCGGUGGACACAAGCCCGAAGCUUUUGCCUUGCCUUCACUCUUUUUGUUUAAAUUGCUUGGAGGAACGUUUUGCCGAACAACAACGAGAAAAAGCCCCUUCGACCUCAGCCAGUACAUCUUCGAAUUCGAUCCCAAGGCUGAAAUGUCCAAAUUGUGGUCAAGAGUUUUUGGUUCCCCCGAAAGGAGUACUAGGCUUCCUGGAUAACCAGUUUGUCUUAGAGAACAUGGGAAAACUGCAAAGAAAUCAAGAAAACAUAAACCGUUUCUGCACCUCAUGCGAAGACAACAGUCCGGCUUCGUCUUUUUGUUUGAACUGUAGCGAUUGGCUCUGUGAUGCUUGUGUUUCUGCUCAUCAGCGAGUGAGAGUAACGAAGGAUCAUAAAAUUCAAUCAGAGGCCGAGUAUUUGGAAAACUCUGAGUCCUCGGACGUGAAACCGAUUUUUUGUAGCACUCACCCUCAAGAAGCCCUUAAACUCUUCUGUGCCAACUGCGAAAAAUUGACUUGCAGGGAUUGUCAACUUCUUGAACAUAAAGAUCAUAAAUACCAGUUUAUAAAAGAGGCAGCAGUGAACUACAGGGAUAACCUUAGGGGACAAUUAAAUAGACUGUACGAACAAGCACAGCCUUUGACUGACUCAAUUCGCGAAGUUGAAAAAGCAGCGAAAGGUUUACAAGAACGUGAGGAAACCAUUGUAUCUGAAAUAAAAAAGUCGUCGGAGAUGCUUGUGAAAGCUGUCAGACAAAGAGAGAACGUUCUGUUGCAAGAAUUAAAAGCACUUGUACUUUUUAAACACAAACUUUUGUCCAAGCAGAAUAAAGACCUCCGCCUAAUGCAGAAGAUCCUUCAACACAAUUAUGGCUUCACCAGACAUGUAUUAAAGAAUGGUAGCGACAUGGGAUUGUUGUAUAGCAAAAGACAGCUAAGUUCAAGAAUCCAAAAUCUGUUAAGCUUGAAGUACAAUGUUCUUCCAGUAGCUCAUAGUGAUUUGAAGUUCUCUGUUGAAACAGAAAAGCUCUGUGCUGUGAUUGGUAAACUUGGAAGUGUUAUGACUCCAGCUGACAGAACUAAUACCAAUUCAUUUCGUGGAUUGUCCAAUGCUAGUAGUUUCACUGGUCUGCCAAACAGCACUGUAUCAACAGCUAUGUCAAAUCGUCCAGUCAGUUCAAAUAGUUCUUCAAGACCCAAUCCUAUUGAAGCUCUUUCAGCUGUCAAUAAGCGUUUAGGACCUCCUGGAAGCCAGACCUAUUCUACGAAGUACCCCUCCCUUCAGGCUGCCAUAGUUCAUCCAUCUGGUGCAGGCAUCAAUAUGAAUACCAAAGUUGGUGUGGUGUCAGCAAAUGGCGUAUCUCGCUUGUCAUUACCAUCUGCAACACGGAGCCUUACAGUAAAACCAGGAACUGGAAUUUCUACAAAUAGCUUUUCUUUUGCACAGAGGAGCCCAAAUAUCAGUAACUUGUCGAAUAUCUCACGCUUGUCACCCCCACGCUCUGUUCGAAAUGGUAACACCCUCCCUCUACGGCACUUCCAGGAUAUUGGUAGUAAAAUUGCAAUCAAGUCUCCUCCACCCAGACCACCCAGCACUGGAAGCAACCAUAGUCACCAGAGUACAUCACCGCUUAGUGAUUCAUCAGGUUCUUCAUUUAAACAAAAUGGUUGGGAUGAGCAACCAGUAGCCAGUGAGAAAUCAACUCAAGUCUUGAAAGGUCCAACCUCUCCAACUGGAAUUGGGGAUUCAAAGGUGCCAAGAUUACUUCCUGUGUUAAAGAGAAGUCAUAGUUCUCAAGAAUUGUUAGAUGCUGGAGUUCCUCUCCAAGUUCCCAAACUACUCCCAGUGAGAAAGAGGAGUAAUAGUACCCAGGGAAUCCCUGAUCCAGCUGCAUCCCCUGUGACAACCUCCCCACCACCAGUCAAGGUCAAGCAGGAAAAGCCAGAAUCUCCCACAGAAUUCUCCCCUUGUCACGAAUCAAUGAAGAAGCAGCAACAAGAUGACACCACUAGUGGAGAGAGUGGAAUUGAUGAGACCAGCUCAAACGAUGAUUGGUGUGCAGUGUGUCGCAAUGGUGGAGAACUUCUUUGCUGUGAUACAUGCCCUAAAGUGUACCACUUACAAUGUCAUGUGCCUUGCCUUUCUGCUACUCCAAGUGAUUCUUGGAGUUGUGGUUUAUGUCAACUGGUUGAUUGGAAUUCAUUAAAACAGAAAGAUAAAGAAGUUGUUCAGCCGGGCAAUAAAAGACGAUCAUCUCGCAGUGGUCUGACUGAGUAUGAGAGAAAGGCUUGUGAAAAGAUUCUUCUAGAGCUGUAUUGUCAUGCAGAAAGUAUUCCAUUUCAACAACGAGUCAGUAAAUCGGUUCCUAAUUACUAUAAAGUUAUUUCAAAGCCAAUGGAUCUUUCAAAUGUUCGUGCCAAGCUUCAAACUCAAAACUUUGCUCAUUACCAAAGCUUCAGUGAGUUUGUUGCAGAUUGCCGAUUAAUCUUUGACAAUUGUGCAAUAUUUAAUGAGGCAACAUCUGAAGUUGGAAAAAUGGGUCACAACCUAGAAUUGUAUUUUGAUACUUUACUAAAAAAGUACAUCCCUGAGUUUGUUGAGGCAACUGGAGAACCCAAACCAAAGAGGAAGAAAGAUGAAGCUCGCAUGUAUAUCUUGAAUCCAUAAGUUAAUUAUUUUGUUAAUGAAUAUGAGAUGUAAUAUACUGGUGGUUGUUAGAAUUGAACAUCCAAUUUCCCCUCAUAUCAACACCAGAAAAGUUCCAAUGUUUUUGGCUGUUUUUUUAAAUAAUUAUUAUUACUAUUGAUUCUUUGGCCAGCUUUGGUCAUUUUUAUCUCUUAAACUCUCAGUUUAGGUUACUCUCUAUCAUUUCCUCAAAAUAUUAUUAUACUAUCCAGUAAAAUGGAAUUUGUCAAAUUUAUUAGCUGGAUGGUGUUGUGAUGUCCUAACACCAAAUUAAUUUAACUAAUCCACAGGGAAAUGGAAGGGGGUAGAAAGGAGAAUUAAUGAUCAGAUCUUGGGAACUGAAGGUUAAUUCAUGAAAAGCAACAUUUACUUGUCAUGCAGUCCUUCUGCCAGCAUUUUGUUAAGUGUGAUAGCUUUCCAAGAUAAAAGGACAAAGCUUGUUUAUGUACAUGACAUAAAUAUUGAACAGAUGCACUGUGUGUUAUUGGAGAAAAUCUAAGCAUUUGAAAUGUUACUACGUUUCACUGUUAGUAAAGAGUAUUUGCAAGUCAAAUUGUCGUUUAUCUGAAUUCAAGGUAAUAAAUUGUUUUUGUCGAAACAAAACAGCUCAGUUUUUUAAUGUUUAUUGUAACCUCAUGGCAUACUCAAACAUGCACAAAAGAAUAGUUCAGAGGUAAAAAAUGAAGAGUUGCAAAUAGGGGAAUACUAGUUGUUAUCAGUAUUCUUUUUUCAGGUUUUCAAAUUAAGGGUGAUAGCUUGAAAUAGAAGGAAUAAAGAGGAAAACUAAUGCAAGAUCAUGUAAAAAUACAUGUAAUAAUUAGAUAAUUCACUUUUCUGUAUUUUUGCUGGUUACAAAUCAGAUCAAACCAAAAGCUCUGACGAAUGAACUUGAGCUUGGUUGUGGUAUGAUUGGUUUGUCUUCAGUUUGUUUGUUUCAGGUGGCUCAAAACAAGUCCACUCUCUUUUAACAAUGCACUGAUUGAUAAAUUAUGACAAAUAUAAUUUUUAUUAGGUGUUUCAAAAGUGCAUCACAAAUUUACAAUCAUUGGCAGACAAGUCAAGGUAGUUUCCCAUAUGUGGGAUGCCACAUAAGUAGAAAAAUCAUUUAUGACUUUAGUUUUGAAUCUGAACUUAAAAAAAAAUAUCACUGAAUGACAAUUACACAUUAAUAUUCAUUAGGAUAGGGAAAAGAACACUUGUGGGGUUGGUGCAGAGCCACCUACAGACUCUAUUUUUCCAUUAAUGUUAGUAAUCAGAGAUGUGUCUGCAUCUACCCCAUGCAGUUGUAUGCUGGGUGCAGGUUCAUUUUACAAUAAAUCUACAUCUACAAGGUCCACUAAA